UUGAAAGUUUUGUCCAUGCCCCGCUUGCUAACAGUUCCGCGCGCUCUACGGCAAUAACUGUUUAUCUUGGAAAUACUUAAAUAAUAUGUGCCAUGUGCUCUAAAAUGGCCCUCUACUGUAAACCGACACUCAGGCUCUGAGAGAAAAGCCAGUUUGUAAAAAAGUAUUGGUUUUACUUGGUUAAUAAAUAAUUAAACUAAUUCAAUGGCACCGCAUCCUCUUUCACAUCACCACAUAAACUUGAUCUAAUUAGCUAGUGCUGAAUUAUGGCAUCGUAUCGUGAUAUGGGUGUGAAUCGUAUCGUAUUGCAUCGCAAAAUGCCACACAUGUAUCGUUAAUAUAUCGGAUCGGAUACUUUGUAUCGAGAUGCGUAUCGGAUCGGCAUUAUACCUUAGAUGCCCAACCCUAGUGGGGAGAAAGAAACAGUAGAACACAUAUGUAUGGUGAUGAGAGAAAAUAAUAAAUAGUAUAUGUAAAAAUAAAUGGUAAGAAGGGGAAGAAUUUGAAAUAUUUAUUGAGAUGUGUUUAAUCAAGUAGAAUACGUUAUUCUUUUACAGUGUCAAUUUAUAAGUUUGUUUUUAAGAAAAAAAGUAGAAAAAGGGGAACAGAAAAUUAUUUUAAACCAUGAUUACACACAUGCACAGUAGGUGGCGAUAUGCACACAGAAUGAAAUGAACCAAAACACAAAAGAAGACAGAAAUCGAAACCAAAAAAUUUGAAUUCAGCUUCUGAAAAGGCGCCAUUUCAGACCGCUGUAAACCAAAGCUUAAGUUACAUCAUUCUCAUUGAACAAAUGUAGGGAGACAGAAGAAUAUUGCUUCUAAAAUGAGUCUCUAUGAGGAGAGAAAGGAGGAGGAUGUUUUUCAAUCCCAGAACCAAGGAGCAGCAUCUCCAGAGCCCAGCUGUGUGUCUAUGAAGAGUGACACAUCCAUGAAGCUACCACCUUUUCUCAGUGAUGGAGCAGUGACCACUGGGCUCAGGGAGACACGAAAGAACACUGCUUCUCCAGAGCCCAGCUGUGUGUCUAUGAAGAGUGACACAUCCAUGAAGCUACCACCUUUUCUCAGUGAUGGAGCAGUGACCACUGGGCUCAGGGAGACACGAAAGAACACUGCUUCUCCAGAGCCCAGCUGUGUGUCUAUGAAGAGUGACACAUCCAUGAAGCUACCACCUUUUCUCAGUGAUGGAGCAGUGACCACUGGCCUCAGUGUGGAGAAUGAUGUUCUGGUCCAGCUUCAGUCCAAAUGUGGACUUUGUGAGCAGGUUAUGAAAGAUCCUGUCUCUAUCAGCUGUAGGCACAGUUUUUGCAGAAAGUGCAUCAACAGCUACUGGGAUUUGUUCAUUCCAUCAAAAGACUUUGACUGUCCUCAAUGCGGAAAGAGAUCUAGAAAACGUCCUUUUUUAGAAAAAGUCACUGGAGGAUACACUUCUGCUGGUUCUUCUCAUUGUUACACAGAAUCAGCCCUACUGGAGGAGACUAGUGAACUACAGCAGGAUUCUCAACAACCAAUAGAUGAUGAACUGCAGAGAGUCAAAAAACAACACAAAACCAGCAUGAAGAACAAUUAUGAGAGAUUAUUUGAGGUAAUCAAUCUACAAGGGAAUCAAACCCUGCUGAACAAGAUCUAUACACAGCUCUACAUCAUAGAAGGAGAGAGUGAAGGGGUAAAUGAAGAACAUGAGGUUUUACAGAUGGAAAUAACCAGAACACAAGACACUCCAAUCAACUGCAAUGACAUCUUUAAACCCUCACUUGAACCAGGAUAUGAGGAGAAAGACAAAAUAAAGGUGGUUCUUACUAAAGGCAUUGCUGGAAUCGGAAAAACUGUCUCUGUGCAGAAGUUCAUUCUGGACUGGGCUGAGGAAAAAGCCAAUCAGGACAUAGAUUUCAUGUUUGUGCUUCCAUUCCGAGAGCUGAAUUUGAUUCAAGAUGAUCAGUACAGUCUUCACAGACUUCUGCUGGACUUUUAUCCUGAACUUAAAGAUCUGGACUCAAAGAUUUAUAAGGAGUGUCAAGUUUUGUUCAUCUUUGAUGGUCUGGAUGAAAGCAGAAUUAAACUUAUGUUUUCAGAUGCUCAGAAAAUUUCUGAUGUGACUGAGACUUCAUCAGUGGGAGUGUUGAUAUCAAAGCUCAUGAAAGGAGAGCUGCUUCCCUCUGCUCUCAUCUGGAUCACCUCCAGACCAGCAGCAGCCAGUCAGAUCCCCUCCAAAUACAUCAACCGUGUGACAGAAAUUCAAGGAUUCAAUGAUCCUCAGAAGGAGGAAUAUUUCAGGAAGAGAAUCAGUGACGAGCAUCAAGCCAGCAGAAUCAUCUCACACAUCAAAAGCGCAAGAAGCCUCCACAUCAUGUGCCACAUACCCGUCUUCUGCUGGAUCUCAUCUACUGUUCUUCAAAAGCUCAUGAAAGAAGAUCUGGGUGUAGAAAUCCCUCAAACUCUGACUGAAAUGUACAUCCACUUCCUGCUGAUUCAGAUCAACAUGAGGAAUCAGAAGUAUGAAGAGACAGAUCCCGUGAAACUCCUGCAGUCCAACAGAGAAGUGAUUGUAAAACUUUCUGAACUGGCUUUCAAACAGCUGAUGAAUGGCAAUGUCAUGUUCUAUGAGGAGGACCUGAUUGAGAGUGGCAUAGACGUCACUGACGCCUCAGUGUAUUCUGGGAUUUGUACUGAGAUCUUUAAGGAGGAAUCUGUGAUUCAUCAGAGGAAAGUCUACUGCUUCUUACAUUUGAGCUUUCAAGAGUUUUUGGCAGCAUUUUUCAUGUUUGUUUCAUAUUUACACAAUAACAGUGAAGUUCUGAAAUUGUUUCUGAGAGGAAAGUCCAAAACUCAGUGUGAGAAUCUUCAGCUGGAUGUACUUCUGAAAGGAGUAAUAAAUAAAGCCCUCGGGAGUAAAAAUGGACACCUGGAUCUUUUUCUGCGGUUUCUGCUGGGAAUCUCACUGGAGUCCAAUCAGAGACUUUUACAAGAUCUACUGACACACAAAGAGAACAGCUCAGAGAGCAUUGAGAUAGUGAUCCAACACAUCAAGCAAGUUCAAAAAAAGAAUGUCAGUCCUGAACGAUGGAUGAAUCUCUUACACUGCUUGCUUGAAAUCAAGGACAGUUCUCUUUUUGAAGAAAUGAAGACAUUUUUAAGCUCUGAAACAAAUAAAAACCUUUCUCUUGCACAAUGUUCAACUUUGGCAAACAUGAUUUUGAUGUCAGGGGAGGUGCUGGAUGAGUUAGAUCUUGGAAAGUAUAACAUAAAAUCAAGAGAUGGUCAACAGAGGCUGGUACCUGCUGUUAAGAACUGCAGAAAAGCUCUAUUGGCAAGCUGUAACCUUACUGGUCAGUGUUGUGAAAUUGUGGCAUCAGCUCUACAAUCAUCAAACUCCUGUCUGAGAGAGCUGGACCUGAGUAACAAUGACUUGCAAGAUUCAGGAGUGAAGCUGCUUUCUGCAGGACUGAAAAGCCCAAACUGUAAGCUGGAGAUACUGAGAUUGUCUGGCUGUAUGUUGACAGAGGAGAGCUGCUGUUAUCUGGCUUCAGCGCUGAGUUCAAACCCCUCACACUUGAGAGAGCUGGAUCUGAGCUACAAUCACCCAGGACAAUCAGGAGUCAAGAAUCUCUCUGAUGCACUGAACAAUCCUAAAUGCACAUUGGAAUUACUUAAUAUAGCUCAUGGAGGAGAGAUUAGGAUUACAUCAGGACCAAAAAAAUAUGCCUGUGAUCUCACACUGGAUCCAAACACAGCUCACACUUAUCUCGCUCUGUCUGAGGAGAACAGAAAGGUAACAUACAUGAGAGAGGAGCAGCCAUAUCCUGAUCAUCCAGAGAGAUUUGAUGAGGUUCAUCAGGUUCUGUGUAGAGAGAGUCUGACUGGACGCUGUUACUGGGAGGCUGAAUGGAGUGGAUGUGCUGAUAUAUCAGUGACGUAUAAAGGAAUCAGCAGGAAAGGAGGAAGUGAGGACUGUAAGUUUGGAUUCAAUGAAAACUCCUGGAGUCUGUACUGCUCUGAUAACAAAUUUACUGUCCGCCACAAUAAUAACAGAACUAAAACACGUGUCACUUCAGGCUCCUCUAAUAGAGUAGCAGUGUAUGUAGACAUGUCGGCCGGCACUCUGUCCUUCUAUAGCGUCUCUGACACAAACACACUUACACACAUACACACAUUCAACACCACGUUCACAGAACCUCUCUAUGCUGGCUUUGGGCUUUAUUUCCGCACCUCAGUGUCUCUGUCAGAUUUCUGUUUCAGACAAAAGACCCACACCUGACUGAAAUAAUCCCAAGUAGCUAAGUGCAUAUAGUCCUGCUCUAUUUAGAUUCCCCCAUGACCUGAUCUGCCUUCAAAUUCCUUCCUAUGGCAGUUUUAUCCAAAAUGACUUUGAGUACAGUAUCAUCCACUUCCUUUCAAUAUGACACAUAUCAUGUUGAAUAUGUUACGAUUCAAUAUAUCGCAACAGAUCUUAUAGAAUUAUAUUGUCAUUCACAUCAUAUUAACAAUAUAUUAAAUCUGUUGUUACCACUCAUAAAAACUGAUUUCUUUUACUGUUUAAUUAUAGUAAAAUUGCACAUUUAAUUAAAUGACAAUUGACACCCUGUGAGGAAAAUCAGCUUUUUUUUUUUUAAAUUUGCUUUUUAAUAAAAUACUUAGUUAUUAAUAAAGUAACUUUUUAAUAAAUCAACAAAAAAACAUUUAUUGGUAAAUUUCCCCACACAGCAUGUUUGUGUGAACAUUUAACUUCUGAUUAACUGUUAAAGUGCUGGGAAAAAAGCUUACAAAACCUUUGGAUUUAAAGUGUAGAGUAAACUUAAUGAAAAAAAAUGAGAACACUAAAAGUCCUAUAUAUUACACAGCUUAAUUUUUGUUCUAAAACAGCAAUGUAUACCACAUUACACAUCCCUGAAUGUGGUGGUUGUGCUCUUCUCUCUCUCUCUACAUUGUUCAGAGAAGCAAAUUGGAUGUUCUGUGAACACUGCAACUUUUAAAAGUGCUGCUGUUCCUCAAUCUCGUCUGAAACAGAAAGGUGACCAAGCCUUCACUGUAGCAGCUCUAAGGCUCUGGAAUGAGCGACCUCUGCCUUUAAAAACAUCCCCUACAUAAAUGCGUAUCAGAGUGUCCUAAAGACUCUUUCUGCUCUGUAAAUGCUCUGUAAAUUGUUGCUUGUUUUUGGUCUGUGGUUAUUUGGUAUAUUUUUUUUCUGUGUUUCCUUUUAUCUUUUAUUGUACUGCACUUUGGUCCACAUAGUGGUUUUCAUCUGAGAGACCCAAAUUUAAUUUCAGCAUUUGAUAUUACUUUAAAGCUGGUUUUAAAUGUUGAGAAAUAAAAUUUAUGUGGUUAUCAAAUUCUAGAAAUUCUUUAUAUAGUUCUAUUGCUCCUCGAACUUUGCAAGGGAAACUGAUCACAUUAGUGUCAGAGUAUAAAUACCUGGUCAUUAUAAUUGAUGACACACUACAUUUUAAUUCACACAAUAAUUACUUGAAACAAAAAUUAAAGAAAAGGUUAGGAUUUUAUUUUAGAAAAAAGUCUUGCUUUUCAUUUAACACAAGGAAGAAGCUUGUGUCUGCGACGUUCUUACCGAUUCUUGACUACAGGGAUGUAGUGUAUCAGCAUGCUCCUUAUCUUCUUGCUUCCCUGGAUGCUGUGUAUCAUGGUGCCCUAAGAUUUUUAUGAUUGUAAAUUCUCUACACAUCAUUGUGCAUUAUAUAAUGGAGUUGCCUGGUCUUUUCUUGCUGUUCAAUGGAAAAUGCACUGGUACUUAUUGAUGUACAAAGCUGUUUUGGGUUUUUUACCACCUUAUCUCUGUUGUUUGAUUCAACAAAAAGCAGUUGGUAACUAUUCAUUGCGUUCACAGUCUUAUUAUAAUCUCCAUGUACCUCCGGCUAGAACUAAUCUAGGUAAAACUGCUUUUGAAUAUGCUGCACCUUCAGACUGGGACUCUCUUCAAAUGAAAUUAAGGCUAAAUCAUUUGGUGUCUUUCAGUAAUUUUAAAACACUUAUACAUGCACUACAAAAUGACUUAGUGAUUUGCAAAUGCUUCUAAAGUUGUACUUUUCAUGAUAUUUUAUUGCGUGUUGUAUUGUUGUUUGUUAUAUGCGUAUUUGUGAAACUGGGCUGCCUAUCUGUAAAAGAGAUUUUUAAUCUGUGAGGUUCUCUCCUGUUAAAAUAAAGGCUAAAUAAAAAUAAAUAAAACAAAUCUCUCCUGUGUUUGGUGAGGGAGGAAGUUUGUUGAAUUUUGUUUUUAAUUUUGUUAAGAAAUAUUUCCAUUUCUAAACAAAGUCAUUAGACCUGGCUUUUGUUUGUUAUUUUGUCAUAUGCCCAUCCCUGAAGCCUUUCAGAUAAUCUGCUAUAUUAAUAAUGAAUUAAAAAAUAAAUUAAAAUUUUUUUUGUUGUA